UCCAUAACCCUGUGUAUUGCCAAACUUUAGUACUUGCAAGUACUGCAGCACUAAAGGCAACAUUCUCUUGUUAAAUGUGGUCUGCAGGGUCUGCAAGGUCCACCUUUGCAUGAACAGGGAGUGUAACUGCUUGAUUAGAUAUCAUGAAAAACAGCCCUAAUAGUGUCUAAGGCGAUACUGCGUAUGUUGACAAAUGUCUGUAAAGUCACUUCUGUUGUAGUGCUCUAAAAGUGAUGUUCUAAUGUUCAAACCUACAUGUUCUAUACACCUUAUGUGUUUUCGUGAUUUAUUUUUAUUAUUUACACUUCUUGGAUUUUUAUUUACCACUUUUGGGCAAAGAACCUAAUAUGGUAACUUCCUUCAGUACAAAUUUCUUAAUGAAAGACAUUUUUUUAAAUGUCACACAUUGAAGACACCGGACAAAUGGCUAGAGGGGUCAAAACAAAACUAAUAAAUACAAACAAAGAGCAACACAGAGAUCAACUAUAACUACAGAAGAAAGGACUCAAAAAAUCAGAAAAUGAAAAAAAAAAUGGAAUAAACAAACUCUUUUAAAAGUAAGGGUUUUAAAACUGUCAAUCAUCAGAAAUGCAAGAAAGAGCAAAAUAAUUUGCGCCUUGAGUUGUUUUGAUAUGUUGACUUUUCUUUAAAGGGGAAAGACUCCCACACCAGAAAAGAUGAGUGAGAUCAUGAGUGGGUUCGCUUAAAACCAACACGUCUCAGAGUUUUCCUGUUUCAGUAUCUCGUGUUGUCGAACUCAAAGCACCUCGUGGAACCACUGGCAAGGACUGAAAUGGGUCUGUGCAAUCUGCUCGUAUUCCUUUGGACACUUAACAAAAUCAUUGUUCAGUCGGAUGCGCUAUCUUGCAAUAAAGGUGAGCGAGUGGUUGAAUCUCGAGGCAGAACACAAUGUGUGCCGUGCGAGGAUGGAUAUUUUCAGGCAACAGCGAAAUCUACUAGAAGCUGUAGUGCAUGUCUAAGGUGUGAUGAAGAAUCAGGGAGUUUUGUCAAAGUGAAGUGCACCAAGUAUACCGACACAGUAUGUGGAUGCCGUGAAGGAUUUGUUCAGUACUCGAGUGAUUAUGCCAUCUGUAAAUGUGACAAAGGAUCUGGACUUAAAGAUGGAGUUUGCUCAAGAUGUGAAGAAGGAUAUUUCAGCACAGAUAUUGAUUCAUCCUGUCAAAAAUGGAAAGACUGCAAAUCCGCAGGGAUAAAAAAGGCUGGAACUGCGACCUCUGAUGUCAUCUGUAAUGAGGAGCUGAAUGGUGGUCACACCACUACAUCCCCCGCGUCAAUCAAAAAGGUUUUCCUCCCACUCUCAACAACACGUCGUCUACACGAGGGGGUUCAAACACAGAAGAUACUUUCUAGCACCACCACAGCUCCUGUUAAACGCACCACUGUGAGAAACACAAUGCAGCCCAGCUCCCCCAACUCAAACACUACCUACCACAUAGGAACGGCCAUUCUCAUUUUGGGGAUUGUUGGACUGCUCGUGCUGACAGCAGUGACCUGCAAGCUGCAUGUCACUCCCUGCUGGCGGACAAAACCUGCAGUACAGACCAAGGAUUCUUUGUGUCGGAGGCCAGUUGAGGAAAGCGGCGAUAGCAGUGAGUCCUCCCUGAAACUCUACCCGGAGCCCUGAGGUGAAGCUUUCCUUUAGAAGCCAAAUCCUCAUGUGAUAUGUCAGAGAAUCAUCACCGGAGCAGAUUGAUAUAAAUCUUUUAAGUCCUGCUUAUGUCGUUUGUUGCCUUUCAAACAUGCAUCAAAGUCACCUGUAUUGUAACAGGUGCGUUUUCAACAUAUGCUCUGGUCAAUAUUUGACCUUAGUUUGUUCUGUUGUAAGACAAUAUAGGGUAAUUAAAGUGCAAGAAUUAUACCUCACUUUUUAAAACUGUGAAACUAUUCAAGGUAGACAUUUACCUUCAACUGUUGUCAUACCUUGCUGCUU